GAGGCGUCGCUGUGUCCCGCCGGCUCGGGCCGAGGCCGCGGGAACGAGCUCACCGCGUAACUACUGCCAGACCGGCCCCGGAUCCUCAUCGCAUCCCUGCCUCGGUCUCAGGCGGUGAGCACUACAACUCCCGGCAUGCCGUGAACUUGAUGGCCGAGGCUCGGGGGCGGUGUGCAACGCUGCGGCCCCGCCAGCUCACCCGUUUGGUCUCCUCUGCUGCCCCGGCCGCGCGCGGAUCCGGGACGCGAGCUAUGGAGGAGCUGCCGCCCGCGCCUGUGGGCUCCAGCAAGCCGCUCCUGGAGAAGCUGACCCUGGGGAUCACCCGCAUCCUAGAAUCAUCCCCAGGUGUGACAGAGGUGACCAUCAGAGAAAAGCCACCUGCUGAACGUCAUAUGAUUUCUUCAUGGGAACAAAAAAACAACUGCGUGCUGCCUGAGGAUGUGAAGAAUUUUUACCUGAUGACCAACGGCUUCCAGAUGACGUGGAGUGUGAAGCUGGAUGAGCAUGCCAUCCCAUUGGGCAGCAUGGAAAUUAAUAGCAUCACAAAACUGACUCAACUCAACCAGUCUUCCAUGUACUCACUUCCUAAUGCACCAACUCUGGCUGAUCUGGAGGAUGAUAUUCAGGAAGCCUGUGAGAACGAGCCAGAGAAGCCUCACUUUGAUUCUCGCAGCGUGAUAUUUGAGCUGGACCCUUGCAAUGGGAAUGGGAAGGUUUGCCUUGUCUACAAAAACGGGAAACCAGCAUUAGCGAAAGACACCGAGAUCUGGUUCCUGGACAGAGCAUUAUACUGGCAUUUUCUCACAGAUACCUUCACCGCCUACUACCGCCUGCUCAUCACACACCUGGGCCUGCCCCAGUGGCAGUACGCCUUCACCAACUAUGGCGUCAGCCCGCAGGCCAAGCAAUGGUUCAACAUGUACAAGCCCAUCACCUACAACACAAACCUGCUCUCCGAAGAGACUGACUGCUUUGUGAACAAGCUGGAUCCCAGCAAAGUGUUCAAGAGCAAGAACAAGGUCUUAAUCCCCAAAAAGAAAGGGCCUGUCCCACCGGCAGGUGGCCAGAAAGGGCCCUCGGCUCCUCCCUCCACACCUAAAGCCUCCUCUGGCUCUGGAAACCCUGCCCGGAAAUGACCACCCCCACCUCUAGCCCCCUGCCAGCCCCACCGGGAUGAUUUCCAUGCACAGAGGUCCCUGGGCAGCCCCAGCCCGAGCACCUCCUCCGGUCUGAGUGACCAGCGUCCCAGGCCCUUCACUCCCACUAGCAUGGGCCAGGAGUGAGAAGGGCCUACUCAGGUCUCUCCAAGAGCUGCCCUCUCAUACCCUCGCAGCAGGUUGUGCCACCCCCGUCUCCAGAAGCUGGGGAGGAGUUCAGAUCUUGCUGAAGUGGCCAAAUCUGUUGGGAGCUUCCUCUUUGCCCAGCCACAACCCCCCACCAUUCAGCAGUGAUUAGAGAAGGCCCCCAAGGAACCACUGGUUUUGACCCAUGAGGCAUUAGAACUGCAGUGUUCAAUUGGUGGCCACUAGUCUCAUGAGGCUAUUUAAAUUAUACUAAAAAUUCAUUUCCUCAUUAUAUAUGUUGUGUUAUAGCCACAUUUUGGAUAUUCAUGUGGCUAGCGGGUUCCAUACAGACAGCGCAGAGACACGGGGACAGCUCCUCCACCACAGAGGAUGCUGCCGGACAGCACGGCACCACAUUCGCACUGCUCCUCUGGCCAGUUCAGUGGUUAGAGACGUCAAAACCGUAAUCUGAUGAGUCAUGGCGUUCCGUGUAAACUCUUGAAAUUAUAUUAGAAUGUUCUUUAUAUCCUUCACCACAAACAAAUGCCCCUCUGCUCAUUUCUUUUUCAGUUUCCUAUAAAGUUUUUUGCUUCCA